AAGUCCGCCAACACCAUGUAGGGGGAGAUCACAUGCAACAUGAGCAGUCUUUUAUAGGUUUUUUGGGCUAUUGGGUUCUAUAAAGUGCCGAGUUCGCCCUCCCAGCUAUUCACCGCGGCCUAAUUAAUCCUACAUCAUUGUUCCAUCACCGAGCCAACAACUUUCAUUGGUUACGCACACCUAAGAGACCCGGUCUCUCAACAACGCCUAGCCUUCACGCCGCUUCUGCAAUUGGAUCGCUCGGCAAACAAGGCCAGACCAAGACUUUAUAAGUCGGAGUAAUCGAUCUUACCAUGCACGUUCAAGAGGAUGACAACGAGGAUGAUCACGACUAUGGCCAUGACGAUGAAAAUCCCAUUGACAUCGGCCGAGCAACCUACGAACGAGAGUCUAGUACUCAUGAGCAUGAAGAUCUGGGAUCCGCGCCGUUGCGAACUUGCGACAAAACAGAGGCAAGGCUUUCGAAAGUAAGAUUAACGCUAAGAAUCAGAAAUAUCACCAUUGGGCCAGGAGACAUGCUGGAAUGGAACAGAUCAAUCGGUCCGAAUCCCAGCCGUGGUACCGAUACCUCUUCUACCAACCAGCCAGCAGCCGACGAGAACCAUGCCCAAGGCUCAAUCCAUGCUAUUGGUGCAGCCAGUCUUCAGAUAGAGCCGUCUGUCAAAAGCCGGAAUGCCGCUUUGGAAGAGUACGAACACCAACUUGAGCUUCUUUUUCCAGAGAAAGGAUCCACCCAAAACGAACAAGCGCGGUGUGGCCGAGUUCCCCAACGGCGCGGAUCGGAAGAGGAAGCGUAG